UCAGGUCUGGAACACCUCCCGUUCAUGAUGAUGUCACACCCCCUGAUCCCUGUCAGUAUGGCCCCUGCCUCCGUCUCCAUGGCAAUGAGUCAGAUGAACCACCUCAACACGUUAGCCAGCAUGGCCUCUGCUGCCCAGGUCCACCACUCUACCCUCUCCUCCCGCGGCCGCAUGGUCACCUCCGUUAUAAAGGAGCGUGUUCAGGACAGUCCGUCUCCCUCUCUGGAGGACGGGAGGAGGUCUGGGAGUCACCUGUCCUCUCGUCACAGCAGCAGCAUCUCCAGCUCCCCAGUACACACAGAACACUCUGCAGACAGGACCCACGUGCAGCAGAACGGCCUGUCCUCCAGCCAUGCUCUGUUGGGUCUAUCUCCCAGUGCUGUGCCCGGUCCUAAAGAAGGAGAUGUGGCCACCCUGGACUCUGGCCACGAAGCUAAGAGGAACCAUGUCGAGAGAGAUGACUGUGGUUCCCUGAGCACCCAGACAGUCAGAGAACCAGUCAGAGAACCAAUCAGAGAGCCAGUCAGAGAACCAAUCGGAGACGGCUAUGAGAGGCUGUCGUUCUCGGGGCAGAAGCUUCCUCCAGGGUUCCCCGGGCCCUUUAUCUUCCCUGAGGGGCUGUCGUCAAUAGAGACUCUGCUCACUAACAUCCAGGUGGGGCUCUACUCUCUGUUCUCUACUGAAUCGUCCCAGAAG